AGAACCAUCCAAAAGAACGCACAAUAUGUCUGUUUGCAAUCGAAAAACUGUGUGGUUGAUAAACGCCGUCGAAAUCGAUGCCAAUAUUGUCGAUUUCAAAAGUGUCUCAAAGUGGGCAUGGUCAAAGAAGUUGUCCGGAGAGACAGCCUAAAAGGACGCCGCGGACGGUUGUCAUCAAAAGCUCGUUGUCAAUUGAAUGAACACACAUACGGGAGCAACUAUCCCGGACAUCUAUCAGACCUAUAUCUUUCUUCGGGAACUCACAACUCGAUGAGGAAGACCAUGGCUCCAGUGAAUCACACCUCAUCCAUUGCACGACGCUUUGGAGACUCGCUCUCGGGAUCUGGUACAAACAACCACCGUAUCAGUAGUUCAUCGACUUCGGUCAAUUCGACGGUCACUCUGCUAUCCAUGUUGACAAAGGCCUAUGAGAUGGUUGGUCCAUUGCCUUCCACCCUGGACCACGAGACAGUCAAUUUUACAACACUUGAUGAUGAAUCUGUUCAGGGAGAUGCAGAUCAUCAUGGGAAAAGCCUGACCAUGGAUACGUGCGAGAGACUCACCUGGAACCCAGCUGAAUCUCUCGUUUGUGAUGUUUCCAGGCAACUGAAUGUGGUGCACCAGGCCGUCUCAUGUUUCAGUCACUACGAUCUUCGAGAUAUCGCGGUACACGUGCCGUCUACGAGUUUCCGUCAACCUUAUGUUCUACUUGAAACCAAAUUGCACAAAAUUAGCGAAAUGCACUCAUCUGGAAACAAAUUUGGUUCAGAAUUAGCCACUCGUUGCCACAUUGUCAAAACGGCCUCUUCAGGGGAGUCAUGCGAAACUACUCACAAGGUUGCUGAAAACUCUUCGAAAGCCCACGACCGGUUUUGCCCCUCCACUUCGAGCUCAUUAGUAAAACAUAAGGUUGACGGAAACUCGGGGACUCAGCUGCGCCUACCCGAUGAGCCCCAAGAAGGGCGAAACCGGUCUUGCCUGAGAACAUCACAAACAAGCGAUUCAGCUGGGUUCCAGAUGUCCUGUAACCGAUCGGAAAAUGCAUCCCUGGUGCGGUUAUGCAAUGCGCUUCAGCAGUCACUGCACGAACUUCGUCGCUACGCCGAACUCGUCCCGGGAUUUUCAUCGCUUACGGCUAAUGAUCGAGAAGUCUUGCUCAAGAUGCACUCACUGGAUUUGCUCAGCCUGCGCUUGGCACUGAGGUACCCGUUCAUGAAAACGGCAAUCACGUGCCUUCCUUUUAAUCCUGUUCUGACAACAUUUCUAUCGACGGCGCUGCUUGCAAUGCCUGAUCCGUCAAUCUGA